AUAGAAUUCUCAUUUAAGAUUGAAUUGGAUCAUUCAUAUAAAUCAGUAUAAAGUAAGGUGAGACUCAAGAUUUAAGCUUCGGAAUUGGGAUCUUUCUCUUUUUUGUAUUUCUUUCCAUUUCGGAGCUCCGGCGAGAAUUUUCAGAUUUUUAUCCCAAUGUCUACCGCUGAAUUCGCCGUCACUUUCAAGGAAGCCGGUCGAUCCGUCAUCGCAACUCGCCGUCCAUGGCGGGAAUUCCUAGACCCAUCGGCUCUCAGCCUUCCUUCUUCCCUCUCGGACGCUACGACUCGGAUUUCUCAUAACUUGACCCGUUUCCUUUCCAAUUACUGUCUUGUCGUCUUGCUUCUCAUUUUUCUUGGCCUCAUUUACCAUCCAUUUUCCAUGAUUGUCUUCUUACUCGUCUUUGUUGCCUGGUUCUUUCUUUACUUUUCUCGCGAUGACCCAAUUAGGGUUUUUGGUUUUGAGUUGGAUGAUUUGGUUUUGAUUAUUAUUCUUGGAUUGGCUACUGGUUUGGCGCUGGCUUUGACUGGGGUUUUUGUGAAUGUGCUGAUUUCACUUGCAAUUGGGGCUGUGGUGGUUUGCUUGCAUGCGGCUUUGAGGAGUACUGAGGAUCUUGUUGGGGAUAUGCAAGACCCUUUUGGGGAUGCCCUUUUGGAGAGUCCAAGAGGUGAUUACAGCGGUAUCUGAUUGAAUAUGUGGGUUUGUCUCGAGAUUUAACCAUUUGGACUUCUGUUUUUCUUUUUCAAUUGGUUUAGUGAUAGUUGCUGGUCUAUAUACUGGUAUUUUUAGAUGAAAUGUACAUUGCAGAACACAAUGAAUUGCAGAAAAUUAUUCACGUCCAUUAUGCUCAUAAUCUAGAUUCUUCUGCAUUAUUGUUUUGAAUUAAAAUUAGUCGCUUGUGUUGUUAGUGUUGAUGUAUGUUUCCCAACUUUGUGACUGAAAUGGAUUGUUGAGCCAACAAAUCAUUGCUUUUCA